AUGAGCCGCAACGCUCAGAACCUCCGCUUGCCUACCAAUGACAGCUUCCCACCUUUUUCCAACGUUCAACGGCCUGCAUCAAGUUCCUCUACCGCCUCAGUGUCGAGUGCAGAGGAGAGGCUGCAAUGGCGCAGUCACCCGAAUGUCGCGACGCCAUUUGCGGAUCCGUCAUUCCAGAACCCGUUCGAUGACCCCAACCUCGCAUUGGCAUCGCCCCUGAGCCGCGAUGAACCUGAAGGCCUUGCAAACGAUGUCCAGAAGCAGAUUCAGCGGGAAGAGGAGGAAGACGAGUACCAUGGGGACGCCAAUGAGAGGACCGACACGACUUCCACAGAGAAGACCGAUGAUUCCGUUCGCCAGAACCCGAGGGCAUUGACGGCUGUCACUAGCAGGAGCACAAAACAUAGCGCCCGUGGAGCAGACGUGCCGGAGGAUAGGAAGACGCUCAGCUUCAAGGAGCGCAUACGGCAUUUUACCUGGACCUGGUUCUGCCUUACCAUGGCUACCGGAGGCAUUGCUAAUGUUCUGUACACCGUGCCUUUCCGCUUCCACGGCCUUUACGCCCUCGGUUGUAUCUUCUUCAUCUUCAACAUAGUCCUGUUUCUAUUCAACGUCGCGAUGAUCUCUUGCCGAUUCUACUUCUACCCACGAACCUUCAAGGCUUCGUUUUUACAUCCUACCGAAUCGCUGUUCAUCCCCGCGGCCAUGGUCAGCUUUGGUAUCAUCUUGAUCAAUGUCAGUCAAUAUGGAGUUGACAUGGCUGGGGUGGGAGAGUGGUUGGAGCGAUGCAUGAUUGUGUUGUUUUGGAUGGACUGCGGCCUUGCUGUUUGCUUCUCGAUUGGCAUCUACCUGCUCAUGUGGUCAACCACAACUUUCACCAUCUCUCAGAUGACGCCCAUCUGGAUCUUCCCAGCAUAUCCUUUGCUCAUCAUCGGACCUCAUGCCGGUAACCUCGCACCCAAGGUUGAAGAUCCAACAAUAUCACUCACCAUCAUCUUGACCGGAUAUGUCAUCCAAGGCAUUGGCUUCCUUGUGUCGCUCAUGAUUUACGCUGCCUUCAUUUACCGCCUGAUGACACAGAAGCUUCCUAAAGAAUCUCUCCGCCCGGGUAUGUUCAUCAGUGUCGGUCCUUCUGGAUUCACCAUCGCCGGAGUUGUCAUGAUGGGUCAAGAGCUUCCGAAGACCGUACCCAGCGACUUCAUGGGCGAGGGCAAUGGCGAGCUCGCUGGCAAGGUCGGCAUGAUAUGCGCAAAUUACAUGGGCCUCUGGCUCUGGGGUCUAGCACUAUGGUUCUUCUUCGUAAGUGUCGGCGCGCAUUACUCAUGUGCCAGGCGCGGAAAGAUGGACUUCGCUAUGACAUGGUACUCCUUCAUCUUCCCUAACACCGCACUCACGACAUCGACCUUCGCCAUCGCCCGCGCUCUCAACGGCAACAAGCCCAUCGAAUACAUCGGCUGCGCAAUGACUAUCGCACUCAUUUCCAUGUGGUUCUUCGUCAUCUACAUGAACGUUCGCGCUGUCGUCAUCCGUCAAAUAUUGUGGCCAGAGAAGCAAGAGGAUAGGACCGAAGGUGGGUGGAAGCAACAAAGUGCGGAAGAACAGCAGAGGAGACAGAGGGAAAGGGAGUUGGCUGAUGGUGGGGAGAGUAUGAGGGGUAGGGCAUGGAGUCGCGCGAGAACAUUUACCAGGCGUGAGGGUCAGGGGACAGGUAUGCCUACGUUGGAGAGGUCUCAAACUGAUGCUGGCGCGCGCAAGAGAGGAUGGAGUUUUAGGAGGUAG